ACUAUGAACGAAAAAUGUAGACUUAUUAUCUUAGGUUAAAUCCCGAAGUUGCUCAAAGAACCUGUUCUCCCGCCAGUCUCAGAUAAGUCUCAAAUACUCUGACUGGGGCUGGUGACAGCACUGUUGCACACACAGAGAGAGACGGGCCUGAGAGAUGGCUUCGAGAGGACUGGGUCUCUCUGAAGGACUGGUCCAUGAUAUAAACCAAGAGGAGCUGGACUUUUCAGACCUGUUUCUGUACCCAUCAGAGGAUUUUUCUGUUGGUCAUGACAGUGAUGACCCUCACGGCCUUCUCCCAAACCACUCCCACGCCCCUCUGUUGACCGUGGACUGUACCAACGCGUAUCACCUCUCCUCUUCACCCCAACUGGAACUGAGUCAGGACCCCACGACCGACCAACACGCCCAGUUCACCUCGCCCAUGGGUCUCUCCUCUCGUCCCUCCACCAUCCCGGCCCCCAGUCCCAGGAUCGAGAUCACGCCGUCGGGAGACUCCCUCAACUCCCAACCGCACCCCCAGAAACCCCAGAACCCGAACUCGACUGCUCUGGGUGCGUACAGGGAUUGUGCCAGCCCCGCCAGCAGUAAUUCUUCAUCAGGAUGGCCCACGGAUAACUGCUCCCCUCUGGCCUCGCCGUGCCCCUCCCCGUCCAAUGGUGGAGGUUAUGGAAUAUUGGCUUUGGACCUCUGCCCUGGAUUUCAGUCUAUCCACACCUCAUCCAACCACUCCACUCCAGGCGGGUCCCCCCACCACAGCAUCCCAGACGAGAGCUUACUUUUUCCCCACCACCAGCCCAACGUGCCCCAGCAACAGCCCCGCCCACACCACCGCUCCCGGUCCCUAUCCCCAAAGCGCUCCUACCACCACCUCAACUCCUGCCCCGGGCCCACUCCCAUCAAACAGCGCUCCAGAAGCCCCAGCCCGGUCCCUUCUCCCAACGAGGGGACCUAUUACCUCAACCAGUACCAGAGCCCCACCCCCGUACUGAAGGAGAUGUUGAGUAAUACUGGUAGCUCUGUAGUGAUGCCUUCCAUGGUGGUUCAUCAUACCCCACACAGGCCCAUGCAGAGGCCCGACUGCGUGUACGGGGAGGGGUACGAGUGGAGCGGGGUGGACGUGGACAGAACAGUUAGACCGGAGGGGAAGUCUGAAACCUUCUACAUGGUACCAACAGUGUGGCCAGCGCCUCAUCCUACUCACCACGGAGCUUUUAGCGUGUCCAUGGCCCCCCUGCCCUCCCUGGAGUGGCAGUUGCCCUCUGAGCUGGGGCAGUACAAGCUUCAGAUCCAGCAGCACCCCAGGUCGUACCACCGGGCCCACUACGAGACCGAGGGGAGCAGAGGAGCGGUGAAGACGGCCAGCGGGGGACACCCAGAAGUACAGCUCUUUGGGUACCACGGCGCCUCUCAGCUCAGCCUACAGGUCUUCAUUGGUACUGCAGACGAGAGACUGCUGAAGCCCCACUCCUUUUACCAGGUCCACAAAGUCACAGGGAAGACAGUUACUACCCCGAGCCUGGAGAGGGUGAUCAACGGCACCAAAGUCCUAGAACUCUCCCUGGACCCCAAGAAUAACAUGAGAGCUGUGAUUGACUGUGUGGGGAUUCUGAAGCUGAGAAACGCCGACAUUGAGCUACGAAAUGGGGAGACGGACAUCGGGCGCAAAAAUACACGAGUGCGUCUGGUGUUCCGAGUGCACAUCCCUGAACCUGGUGGACAAGUGGUGUCACUGCAAGUCUGCUCCCAGCCCAUCGAGUGCUCCCAAAGAGCCCAGGAGAUGCCCACCGUGGAGAGACACAGCCUGGACAGAUGUUCGGUUCUUGGGGGACAACAGAUGGUUCUGACUGGACUCAACUUCACCUCUGACUCCAGGGUCGUCUUCACAGAGAAAGCACAAGAUGGAGAGCAGAUCUGGGAGGCUGAUGCAACAGUCGACAGGGACAAGACACAAGUUAACAUGCUGUUUGUAGAAGUCCCUCCGUAUCGAGAUGUGAGGAUUUGUCGUCCUGUUAAAGUUAAUUUCUACGUGAUUAAUGGGAAAAAGAACAUGAGCCAGCUUCAGCACUUCACCUACACUCCUCUCAUAGCCAUUAAAGCUGAGCCAGUUGACGACUACCAGGUGAACUACAGCUACCAAGAAAACCUCGCGAUGUCUGGCCUCUCCAUGAAGUCACUCUACCAUCACACAGACCAGGACAGCACCCUCCAAGCUCUGGGGGUCUCACCUACUCUGUACAGCCAUCUUUCUACUGUAGACCCCAGAAUACACGGACUACUAACUGAACCACUCGACACUUCUUAUCACCAGUACCUGUCCAAUCCUCUGCUGUACCACAAGCAACGCUAUAACAACAAUUCCCCCUCAACCGCUCAACAAAAAACAGUAUUUAGCAAUCAGUGUCAAGUCAACCAACAUGGAGGUGCAAUAGAGAGCUCUCAAGAUACCAAAAGUUCAUACCAGACAUUGUUGGGGAAGUCACCACCUUCGAGAUCGACCCAGGUUUGUCGACCGAAGCCAAGCAGCGAAUUGACCAAUCAAGGAAACUCGGGAAGAGGUGACCAGGAAGAGUCGGAGAGGGCGGCCAUCAAACAAGAACAGAUCAGCUACGCCUACCUGGAGGAUGUGAAUGACAUCAUAAGAAGAGACCUGACAGACCCCAACUUGGAAUAAUUACAAAAUUCAACUUCCUUUUUAUGUAUAAAACAUAUUCUGUAUCAGUAUUUCAAUGGUUCUUUUUACAGUCAUGUCAAUAUCUCUUUUAUCAUUUCAUAUUUUGUAAACUAAAAUAAAUAUUUUUCAGUAUA